AAGAACCUCUGCAAAUCCGAACGUUCCUCUCCGAGCUUCAACCAUGUACGGUGGUGAUGAAGUAUCAGCUAUAGUUAUAGACCUGGGUUCUCACACCUGCAAGGCGGGUUACGCUGGUGAAGAUACUCCUAAGGCCGUCUUUCCAUCUGUUGUUGGCUCCAUUGACCAAAUGAAUGUUGAUGAAGAAACGGAAAAUAACACUGUGAAGAGUGACUCCAAGGGUAACAAUGUUGACCCCAAUUCUAACAAGCGGAAGGGGAAACGGAAAUUAUAUGUGGGAUCUCAAUCUUUAGGCUUUCGUCGUGACCAUAUGGAGGUGCUGUCACCCUUAAAGGAUGGAGUUGUUCUUGACUGGGAUAUUGUGGACAGCAUAUGGGCCCAUGCAUUGAAGGAAUGUUUGCUGAUUGAUCCCAAGGAACAUCCUAUGCUGCUUGCAGAGCCAUCUUCCAACAAUCAACAACAAAGGGAGAGGACAGCAGAGCUUAUGUUUGAAAAAUACAAGGUCCCUGCAUUAUUUUUGGCCAAGAAUGCAGUUCUCACAUCUUUUGCAUCAGGGCGUGCUACCUCUGUAGUUGUUGAUAGCGGUGGAGGAUCAACUACAGUUGUUCCAGUACAUGAUGGUUAUGUUCUUCAGAAGGCUGUGUCAUCUUCUCCAAUUGGAGGAGAGUUUCUUACUGAUUGCUUAAUGAAAAGCUUGCAAAGCAAACAUAUAGUGAUAAAACCAAGGUACUCUUUCAAGAGAAAGGAAAUACAACCAGGGGAGUUUCAGACAGUAGAUCUUGAUUUUCCAAAUACAACAGAAAGUUACAAGCUCUAUUCCCAGAGAGUAAUUGCAAGUGAUAUUAAGGAGUCUGUGUGUCGGGCCCCAGAUACUCCAUAUGAUGAGAGUGCAUAUGCAAAUAUACCAAUGACUUCUUAUGAGCUUCCAGAUGGCCAGACAAUUGAAAUUGGAGCUGAUAGAUUCAAAAUACCUGAUAUUCUGUUCAACCCUUCUUUGGCUCAGACAAUUCCCGGAAUGGAGAAUUUUGCUGAGGUUGCACCUUCCAUUCGUGGCUUGCCUCAAAUGGUUUUAGAAAGCAUUAACAAAUGCGAUGUGGAUAUUCGGAAAGAGUUGUUCGGUAGUAUUCUGCUUGCUGGUGGCACAGCAUCGAUGCAACAGUUGAAAGAACGUCUUGAGAAAGACUUGCUAGAGGAGUCACCUCAAGCUGCUAGGGUUAAAGUAUUGGCAAGUGGAAAUGCAACAGAAAGGAGGUUCAGUGUUUGGAUAGGAGGGAGUAUAUUAGCAUCGCUUGGUUCAUUCCAGCAACUGUGGUUCUCCAAGUCUGAGUAUGAAGAGCAUGGGGCAUCAUAUAUACAAAGGAAAUGCCCUUAGGAUGUAAGGAUGAUGUGCAGCAUUAGCAUCAAUUGCCAAAGUAAAUCAAAUGACCAGGUCUUUGAAUGCUCAAAACUUCCCUUACUGUUUAGCCAAGCCACUAAUAAGCUCACCCAUUAUAUGUGCAGAAUCACCUUCAAAUUCUUUGUAUGCUUCUUGUGCUAACUACUUUCAGACUGAUGUAUGUAGCUUCUGUGCUAAAGCUUGGUCUCCAUGACACAAAGACAAUGCAUUAACUUACACACCUGUACCAUUAUAGUCACAUAUGCUGCUGCUGAUUUUUUCAUGUGCUAAGAUAUUUGACCAUUUGUUAAGUUAUAUACUGUCUUCCAUUAUUAUCUCAGUCAGCUUUCUUCUGAUCAUUGGCACCAGAAAAAAUGGGUU